AUGCAAUUCAAUUUACGUCCUUGGGAAAUCAUUGGUGCUAUCCAAGUUGCCUUUUAUGUUGUCAUUUCAGUAAUAACUUUUUAUCCAGGUGUUAGAUUGGUUAAAAAUCGUUCACCUUUCAGACCAUUCUUUAUUAGGUAUGCAAUCUUGAUGUUGACAAAGAUUAUUGGUGGAAUUUUGUUGAUUCUUUACAAAAACAACUAUACUAAUAUCAAUCUUGCAAUUACUACUUCCGUUUUCAACUCUGUUUCAUUAGCCUUUUUGACUAUUUUGUUGGCUUUUAGUACAAGAUUUGCAGAAACUUAUAGAAAUCCUGAACAGACCACUAAAAAGAAUAAAGGUUUGUCGAGUUUAAUUCAUGCAGAUUAUACAAAAUCAGCAUCUUGGGAUAAUUUGCUUGAAAAAUUGACACUCGUGGCCAUGAUUUUAAAUAUUGUGGGUAAUAGCAUGGUUGGUUCAGAUAGAGCAGCAUCUAAACCAGUCCAAGAAGCUGGUUCAAUUAUUUAUCUAGUAUGUUUGGUCCUUAUUGCAGCCUUGGUAUUCCAUAAGAUAAUGAAAGAGAAAAGGCAAGCUGAAAAAGAGUAUGGAUUUAUAUUGGGCGUGUUGACAAUUUGUGCUAUCUUGGUCGUAUUCAUUUUUGUCAGAAUGAUUUACGCUGUUUGUUAUGCAUUCACUUUCAAUGUUGAUGGAACAUACACCACUAAUGUUAGCAAAUUUACUUAUUUAUUUGGUGAUUGGAAGUAUUAUGCAUUCAUUGCUUUCAUUGAAGAAUGUAUCUGUGUUGCGUUAUAUGCCUUGAUGAUUUGGGUCGUUUUCAAUGGUGAAAAUAAGUUGGGUUUACAUAAGUCAGCCGAUACUACUGAGGAUUAUCAAAAGUUUGAUGCUUAG